AUGGGUCUAGGAUCCGCCGCCAUAGCUGCCACUGUAGCCGCCGCCGCAGCCGCCGCUGGUGCAGCUACCGCAGUGGCGGAGAGCACUGGGUGUUACCCCCGCGGCGCUCCUUUCGCAUCCUCUUCUCUCGCGCCUGCUGCGACCGCCGGCGUUUCUAGGCCGGAGGCAGCAGCGACUUACGAGGCAGCAGAGGAUGGGGCAAGGGCAGUGGGAGGGUCUGGGAGGGUCAGCGUUGGGAGCUCGAGCUCUGGCUCGAGCUCUAGGAGCAAGCGGUGGGCGGCGGCGCUGUCAGCAGCAGUGUCGCCCGGCGCACAGGGGAAGCGAACCUCCGCGUUUGAUUCGUCUCUCAAGUCGCCUGGGGCCCACGGAAAGAAAGCCCUGCUGCGGCACCAGGAACAUCAGCAGCACACGCAGCAGCAGCAGCAGCAGCAGCAGCAGCAGCUGCAGCAGCAGCAGCAGCAGCAGCAGCAGCCUGAAAAGUACGAGGAGGGGGAGGAGGGUGAGAUAGUAGGAAUAGAAGGUGGUAAUGCUGCAGGGGACGGGUGGUUGGUUUCUGCCUGCGCAGGGGGACUAGAGGAGGGGGCGCAGGGGCAGGAAGGGGCGGAGGGGGGCGCAGGAGCAGGGGAGAGGGCGGAGAGACUGGAGAGGGCGGAGAGGGCGGAGAUAGAGCGGCAACUGCGGGCGGUGGAGGAGGAGAUGGUGGCGAUGCAGCAGCAGAUCGGCGCACUACUCACCAUCGGCAUGGCCAUGGCUGACCAUGCGGAGGGGGUUGGCGAGGGCGCGAGGGAGCUGGGGAAGGGGGAUCUGGGGGAGGCGGAGCUGGUAGAGUUGGGGGUGGGGGAGGCGGAGUUGGGGGAGGCGGAGUUGGGGGAGGGGGAGCUGGGAGGGGCGGAGUUGAGGGAAGCGGAGCUUGAGGAGGCGGAAUUGGGGAAGAGGGAGUUGGAAGAGGGGGAGUUAGGGGAGGGGAAUGCAGAGACGGCUCUGGUGGUGGCUAGAGAUGUCGAGAAGUGGGAAUACGAGCAGGCGCUGGAGAGGGAGGGAGGCACGGAGGAGAGGCAGGCUGCUGCUGCCUCCCUCUCCCCUGCGCACGCUCUCCCUUCUCCCUCCCGCGCCCUCCCUCCGCUCUCCCCCAACCUCCCUCCGCUCUCCCCUGCUGCCGAAUCAGUUACAGCGAAGGGGCGGAGGCAGAGGAGGGCCGGCCGGGGGAAGGAGAAGCAGCAGGUGGUGGUGGGGGGGGGGAGAGCAGCUCGAGACGGCAUUGAUGCGCGUGAAGCCAGUGGCAGCCGUGCCAGCGGCGGUGGUGACAGUCGUGACAGCCGUGCCGGCGGCGGUGGUGAGAGGCGUGCGGGCAUUGACGGCCAUGAGGCAGGGUGUGGGGGGCUGAUGGAGUCCGCGGAUGGUAACCGGGUGGAGUCUCUGGCGCCUUUGGCGUCACCAUGCUGUGCUCGCUGCCACGCUCCCAGGCACACAUGCAUCAGUUCCCAGCUAGAUCGCGGUGGAGUGGGGUACGCAGUGGUGGCAGCAGGCAGUGGCGACAUCAUCACGUGCAACAACUCCUUCCUCUCCCUCCUCCGCCUCGCCUCGCCUGCCCCUCACACCGCCACCACUGCCACUACCACAGCCAUGGGUGCUGCUGCAGCAGCAGCAGAAGCAGCGGCGGCUGAUACAGUAGCAAAGGCAGUUGGAGGCGCAACGGCAGCAGCAGAGGCAGCGUGUGGUGGCGCCGUGUGUCUGAGCGUGGCGAAUGCUGUGUCGGCAGAGUCAAAAGGCAACCUCAUGGCUUGGCUAGCCGUCGCGUGCCAGGCACUCUCGCAUCCCCCUCCCAUCACAGUACUACUGCAGGAAGGCCCCUCUGCUGCUGCCACCACCGGCACGUCCGGGGGCGACAGUAGGACGAGCAAGAGCAGCCGGAAGAAGCAAGGCAGCAGCUACUCUGGCCCUCCCUUAGUUGUGAUUUUGCUGACGGCGUUGGGUGCAGGGGCAGGCCACGUCAUCAGCAAGCCGCUGGUCCGUCAAUGCAUCCGAACAUCCUUCUGUCAGCUCACAGCCGUUGAUGGAGCAGAAUCAGCGGACGGCAGCUCUGGAUAUUCCCGAGACGAGAGCGCAGUGGAGGUGAAGGGAAGGCGGCUACCAUCGUCAGCCGUUUACGAGGGCGUGUUGCUCGUCUUUAAUGAGUUGAACCGAAGAUCCUCUCAUGCAUUCUUCGAUCCGCCAUCAAGACGAGAAGUCAAGGAGAGAGUACAGACAUUCAACUGUUCAACACCAAACGAGUUCACCCAGGCAGAGUUCGAGGAGCUAAUCUUCCUCUUCUUCCCGGAUGCAGUAGCCUGCUUUACCAAGGACAUAGUGCUCACAUGCACGGCUGUCACGUGCCUCACUCUCGCCACCAAAAGCGCUGCCGAUGCCGUGCUGAGAAGAGCCGGCUCCAAGCGGUCACUUCCUGGAGCCCUGCUGGCAUGUGUGAUUGGAAUAGUGUGGCGAAUAGCCCGGCACUAA